AUGAAGCGGCGCAAUGCGGACUGCAGCAAACUCCGACGGCCGAUAAAACGGAACCGAAUCACCGAGGGUAUAUAUAGCAGUACUUUUUUGUACUUGAAGUUCCUGGUUGUGUGGGUUCUGGUUCUGCUGGCCGACUUUGUGCUCGAGUUCCGGUUUGAAUAUCUGUGGCCUUUCUGGCUGUUCAUCAGAAGUGUCUACGACUCCUUUAGAUACCAGGGGCUGGCAUUCUCAGUGUUCUUUGUCUGUGUGGCUUUCACCUCAGACAUCAUCUGCCUCCUCUUUAUACCCGUCCAGUGGUUGUUUUUUGCUGCCAGCACUUACGUAUGGGUCCAAUAUGUGUGGCACACAGAAAGAGGAGUCUGUUUACCUACUGUAUCCCUUUGGAUCUUGUUUGUGUACAUUGAGGCUGCUAUUCGUUUUAAAGAUCUGAAGAACUUUCAUGUGGACUUAUGUCGGCCUUUCGCAGCGCAUUGCAUUGGCUAUCCAGUUGUGACCCUUGGCUUCGGCUUCAAGAGCUAUGUAAGCUACAAGAUGCGCUUGAGGAAACAGAAAGAGGUGCAAAAAGAGAAUGAGUUUUACAUGCAGCUAUUACAACAGGCAUUACCGCCAGAGCAGCAGAUGCCACAGAGACAAGACAGAGAGACAGAUGAAGUACUAAACAAAGGCAUCACAGAGGUGGAACCCGUCGUCAUAUCACAAAACGGAGGACCUCCCGGGAAGAAAAGCACUUUGACGACAUUACCGGAACUGGAAUAUAAAGAAAAGGGCAAGGACAGUUCAAAAGACAACAAGAAACAGAACACCGUAGGUAUCAAUAACAACAGCAUCGUUCACUCACUGGACUCCAAACUGCAGGAGGCAGAGUACAUUGAAAACUACGUUGGGUCAAAAAAACUGAACAACGACCUGACAGAAAACACACUCACAGACAGCACUACAACCACAACACACUCAAAGGAGGAUAUGGGGGGCACGGGGAAGAACUACAAAAACGCCAGCGGAGGUGGGGGCGGGAUUUCCAACUCCCCUCCAAGAAAUCACAGUUCCUCAAACGGGAGCGUCCCACAAGGAGGACCUGUUGCCAAUAAGAACGAGAAGAAACAGAAAGGGGCUGGGAAAGGUCAGAAGGAUCCUGUGGAGAACUGCAUCCCCAAUAACCAACUGGGCAAGCCGGACGCCCUAGUACGGUUGGAGCAGGAUGUGAAGCGUUUAAAGGCAGAUCUCCAGGCCAAUCGGCAGCUGGAGGCGGAGCUACGCAGUCAGCUGUCUUCUCUGAGCAGCCAGGACCGCAGUCUACGCUCGGAACUGAGUCAACUGCGUCAGGACAAUGAGCUCCUUCAAAAUAAACUGCACAGCGCUGUCCAGGCCAAGCAGAAGGACAAGCAGACCAUCUCCCAGCUGGAGAAGAGGCUGAAGGCUGAGCAGGAGGCGCGUGCCCUGGUGGAGAAACAGCUGGCUGAGGAGAGGAAGAGGAAGAAGAUGGAGGAGGCUACAGCAGCACGAGCUGUGGCGUUAGCAGCUGCCACCAGGGUGGAGUCCACUGACACUCUCCGUGGUCGCAUCAGAGAUUUGGAGACAGAGUGUAAGAAGCUCAGCAUCGACAUGAAAGUGAAGGAGGAGCAGAUUCGGGAUCUGGAGGGCAAAUGUCAGGAGCUGAGAAAGUAUAAGGAGAAUGAGAAGGACACUGAGGUGCUGAUGUCUGCUCUGUCCGCCAUGCAAGAGAAGACCCAGCACCUGGAAAACAGCUUGAGCGCAGAAACCAGGAUCAAACUUGAUCUCUUCUCCGCUCUGGGGGACGCAAAGAGGCAGCUGGAAAUAGCACAAGGCCAGAUCCACCAGAGGGAGCAGGAGAUUGCAGAGCUGAAGCAGAAGAUCGCAGAGGUGAUGGCCGUCAUGCCCAGCCUGUCCUACUCGGCAGACGGCAGCAGCCUGAGCCCGGUCACCCCACACUACUCCUCCAAGUUCAUGGACAAUAGCUCUUCCUCUCUGGACCCCAACGCCUCAGUCUACCAGCCUCUCAAAAAGUGA